AUGACCACAUUGAACUCCAAGAAAAUCCUUGAAGAAAAUAAUGGAAGCAAAGCCAACUCUAUUACAACUCUCAUUCUUACUCAAAGAGCUCUAUCUGAUGUUUCGUGCUUGAGCGAGUUCAAAAAUUUGGAAAGACUCGAUCUUUCUUUCAAUACUUUGACUUCACUUGAGGGCUUAAAGUCAUGUGUGAAUUUGAAGUGGUUAUCGGUUGUUCAGAACAAGCUUGAGAGCUUGGAAGGAAUCCAGGGACUUACUAAACUCAAUGUAUUGAAUGCUGGCAGGAACAAGCUCAAAUCCAUGGAGGGUCUCAGAUCGCUUGUGAACUUGAAUGCCAUAAUUUUAAAUGGCAAUGAUAUCACGUCGAUUUGCAAGCUUGAUCAAAUGAAGGAGCUAAAUACUCUUGUUCUUUCUCAUAACCCAAUAACUGAAAUUGGUGACGCUCUGGCCAAAACAAAAUCAAUCACAAAACUGUCUCUAUCUUAUUGCCAAUUGCAAACCAUUGGUUCAUCUCUCAUAUCGUGUGCUGGGUUAAAAGAGUUGCGACUUGCGCAUAAUGAGAUCAAGACUCUCCCAAUGGAGCUCAGCCGCAACGAUAAACUCCUAAAUCUGGACAUAGGAACCAACCUGAUCACAAACUUUUCAGAUGUGAAGGUGCUCUCUUCAUUAGUCAACCUGAGAAACCUGAACCUUAUGGGAAACCCUAUUGCUGAGAAGGAUUCCUUGGUCAAGAAGAUAAAGAAUCUAUUGCCAAAGCUCAAGAUAUUCAAUGGUCGACCAACUGAUAAAUUUACAAGAAAGGAUGAUCAAAGAGCUGAGAAAUCUAUUACCGGCACGGAUGGAUCAUUGGAUCAAAAGAAAGCUCUAGUUACUUCUGCAAUGGGAAAAAAGAACUCAAAGAAAAAGUUUUUAUCUGAUGAUGAAGAAGAUGACAGUCCUGGUAGUGCCGGGGAUGGAUCUAAAGAGGAGUUCAAUAAUAAGAAGAGGGGCAAGGGAAAGGAACAGCCAACAAAGACAAAGGAAAAUGAUCAUAAUGCAGAAAAGAAAAGAAAGAAACAGUCAAAACUGGAAUCAGAUGAUAUUGUUGAUGCUUCAAACCAUCCAUCUAUCGAUACUGAUGAGGAGGGGAAGGAUCUGAAGCGCAAAAAACAGGAACACACUACUAAUUCAGGUCCAGGUAAGGAGAAACAGAGUAGCAUUCCCCGAAAAGGUGAUACAAAAUUCGGAAAGAAGAAGCUGAAACAAAAUGCAGGUGGUGGGAUCGAUGAUGCAGAAACCCCAUUUGAAGAAUUGUUUGCUGCUGGGGAUGCUGAAAAUGCCACAAAUAAGGAUCAGACAACAGUUUCAAAGAAACAGGUUCAAGAUAUCGAUACUGCCGGCGGCUUCGUCGUUGUUCCGAAAAAGAAUAAGAAGAACAAGCAAAAAGGCGUUCGAGCUUCUAUUGCAGAUUUGACUCCAUCAGAUGAAGUUGGAUUGGGCGGACCUUCAUCCUGGGAUCCUUAA